AUUAAUUUAAAUGGGUCUACUCUUGAGUAUGCUAGAUGUUGGCUGUAGCCCAGAAUCAUUUCUCCCUUCUAAGUCACCUUGGGAGAGUUCUCGUUUUUGCAUAAACGCUUUAAAAUGACUAAAAUGGCUAGCCCCUUGCUGCUGUCUUACAGGUGGGCAAAGCACUGAACUCCGGGCGGAAAUAGAGGAGAGCGUGAUUGAAGUCACUUCCGCCCUUACGAAGGAGGGUCUUUCUGUCGUCAUUCUGCUCCGCGCCGGAAGUUGGGCGUUGCCUGGCGCCGGCUGCUGUUGGGAAGAAAUGACGCUACGCUGCCGGAAGUAGUGUCUCAUAAGGUUGUGUACGAAGGUGUGUGCUUGUUUCUGGGUCGGGGUGGGCAGGUGGGUCUGCUUCUCUUUCUUAGGUAGGGCUUGGACACCUGGGUUCCCAUUUCCCCCUUUUUCCCAUUUACCUGAGACGCCUGGCUCCUUUCCUUAGGCACAGCCCGUUUCCUCUAUCGCUCUCCUGCUUUUGCUCCUUCAGUGCCAUUUUCCCCCCAGUUUAUUAAAUUCUAUUGAUACCUCGCAUUUCCUCUGGUAGCCUACAUGGCUCUUUCCCUCCCCGUUUUAUCUUCCUAACAGCCCUGUGAGGUAGGUCAGGUUGGCACAAUGGCUGGCUUGGCUAUGACCAGCCAACGGGAUCCAUGGCAGGGUGAGGAUCUUAAACGUGGCUCUUCCCAGUCCGACACUUUUAACUCUGCCUGCCCCAUCCUGGUGCCUUUCAGGUGUUGUUGGACUCCAGCUCCCAUCAGCCACUGCAUGGCCAGUGGUCAGGGAUUAUGGGAGUUGUAGUUCAGCAACGUCUGGAGGAGCACCAGGUUGGGGAAGGCACCUUCUAACCACUAUGCGACACUACCUCUCAGCCUUUGCCUAAUUUCCCCACCUCCUUUUUUUGCACCCCUAACUGAAGGAGGGAGGGGAUUGCCCUUUGCAUGCUCAUUUAAAAUGAUGUUGUAAAAUAACUUAUACUUUGCAAAGCACCUGGAUGGAGCUUUAUCAAUAAAGAGAGGAGCAUUAACAAUCUACAGAUGGGCACAUGAUAGACAAAUGGGAGGGAAACAGUGACUGGGAUAAAUAGGGGAAGGAUAUGAGGUUUUUGUAAUUAGUCCAGACUUUGGCUGCAGUGGGAGUAUGUGCCCCGUGAAACUCAGUGCAUCUUUUGAAUCAACAUGGUUAGGAUUGCAUUAUUAUUAGUUACAAUAAGACUUGGGCUAGAGAGAAUGUAGCCCUGACCUUCCAAGGGAACCUUUUAGCAUAAAUGAUGCUGUUAUUAGCUUUGUCAGGGUAAUGUAGAAGGCUUUGGAGUUCUGCAGAAUGCUUCAGGGAGGAAGCAUUUAGUGUAGCUUGAAAACUUGCUUUGUCCCCCACCGCCUUGCAUCAGCAUCUCGGUUUCAGGGGAAUCCAGUAAAUCACCCUAAACAAACCAUCUUUACCACAACAAUUAGAGAAAGAUUAUUCUAGGGCCUUAAAAAAUUAGGAUAAUUGGACAAAGUAUAUUUUGUUCCUCAGGUGGUUGCUAUUUACUCAUGACAUAAACUCAUGAGAGAGCGUUCUGCAUUCCUGUAUUACUUUUGCACAUUGUAUUCUUAUUGUCCUGAUUUGCUUUAUCCUACAGGGAAUUGCAGCCUGUGUUUAGAGAUGAAACUAGCCGUUUCUUUGUCUACGUGCAUCUGUUGAGGUAGGCUGCUGCCUCUGAAAACUCCUCCUGCCCUAAAGCGGCUGGUCCCUAAGAUUUAACCGUAUACUAGCACCUGCUGACUAACAGUUAAUUUCCUGGAAUUUUGGAUCUUCAUCCGACUGCCACCUGACCCAGCACUGCCCGCUUAGCUCCCUGGGGUAUUGUGGUUUCAAGUCACCUGGGGAAAUGGCGGACUGCUCGGCACUGCAGUUUGUCAGCCCUUAUGCUUUUGAAGCCAUGCAGAAAGUAGACGUCGUGCGCUUAGCGGCCCUGAGUGAUCCAGAGCUCCGGUUGUUGCUGCCUUGCUUGGUGCGGAUGGCCUUGUGUGCCCCGGCAGAUCAGAGUCAGGGCUGGGCCCAGGACAAAAAGCUGAUCCUUCGCUUGCUUUCUGGAGUGGAAGCUGUCAACUCCAUCGUAGCCUUGCUGUCUGUGGAUUUCCACGCUUUGGAACAGGAUGCCAACAAGGAACAACAGCUUAGGUAACUAAACGGAGCAAGCCCGGGAUUGGGAACCUGAGGGGGCUUCCAGAUAUUGUGUGCACUCUGUCUCCCAUCAGCCCCAGCCAGCACAGCCCAAUAAUCAGAGAUAAUGGGAGUUGUAGCCCAGCAGUGUUUGGAGGGCCACAAGUUUCUAGCCCUGGGUGAGGCAUUUCUGGAGGGGGAUGUGCUCCUUCAGUCUGUUUGAGCAGCUGUGUGUUCUGUCCUCUUGCUAGGCAUAAGCUUGGAGGGGGUAGUGGCGAGAGCAUCUUGGUGUCUCAGCUGCAACAUGGCCUCACCCUGGAGUUUGAACACAGUGAUUCUCCACGGCGCCUCCGUCUUGUGCUUAGUGAACUGCUGGCAAUUAUGAACAAGGUGAGUUUCUUCCCUCCCCCUGCCUUAAGGAACUUAUUAAUUUGUACAAGAUUCUUCUUCUUUUUCUUUCCUUUUUAAAGAAUUGAUUGGCAGAUGUCCAGACUGAUUUGAAGUACUUUGGCAGGGGUUUUCAGCUGUUGUAUUUUUUACAGUGGUGAUGACAAGAUCCUUCCCCUGCUAGCACAAAAAUACAAAAUUUCAGCGUACCGCUGAAAUGAAUAAAGUUGGGGUGGGUAAAAUAACCAUCCGUGGACUUUUGCAUGAAAGGGUUGUGAGCUCAGUUCAGGUUUGGUGGUCUCACAAAUUUCAAGUAAUGAGAGGUCCAAGAAUGACAGAGGUCCAAGUAAUAGUUUGACCAAACUGCGGGAGGCAGUGGAAGACAGGAGUGCCUGGCGUGCUCUGGUCCAUGGGGUCACGAAGAGUCGGACACGACUAAAUGACUAAACAACAACAAACAAAAUGAGAGGUCCAAGAAUUUUUUUGGCAAACUGGGAUUUGUUUAUUGAUUUUAUAAAUAGGAGGGAAUCUGGUAGAACGGUUCCAGCUGCAUAUAAAACGGUGUGGUCCUUUUACGGGUAAGCAGGAUCAACUGAAGAAGCAUUAGAUAAAUUGAAACAUGGAUCUCAUUACUGGAGUUAUUUUUGGGGGGUUAUAGGUUUUUUAAAAUAAGGAAAACAGUAAAAGAAAAAAAUAGAACUAUAUGUAUUAUAGCAGGUCAAACAGAAGAUUCUUUAUUUCUAUUUGUAUAAUUCAUUGUGCUGUAAAUAAAUGUAAUCUGAAUUCUGAAGUGGGGGUUAUUUACAUUUAUAAUACAGUUUGGUAUGAGGAUUUUUUAAAAUGGUAGUUAGAAUAAAUUUCCUGGACUCAGAAUUAUUUAAUAUUCAGCCUAUAUCUUUUGCACCAGCCUUCAGUUGGUUGGUGGAUUUUGGGCCACCAGUAAAAUGAAGAAAGAAGAUCCCACAAGCCUGAACAUCUGUCCUCCCUGGGUGUUUGGUUCUCAGGCCUCACAACUGGUGUGUGUUCUGUUUUAAAGAGCCUCUCUAAAUACAACUUUUCUUUGCAGGUGGCUGAGGCCAACUGUGAGUUUUUUUUCAAGUCGUCGGAGCUGUUUGAGAGCCCUGUUUAUUUGGAGGAAGCUGCCGAUGUCCUCUGCAUCCUUCAAGCCGGUGUGUGCCCUUUGAAGUCAUAACUGCUUCUUAAAAAUCGAUUGAGUCCAAAUAAAUGACUGUUGUUCCCAGGCUGUGUGAGGAGGCCACCUUGUGCUCCUUGGAGCAAAGGUGGGAUAUAAAUGUAAUGCUAAUAAUAAUAAUAAUAAUAAUAAUAAUAAUAGAUAUUGUGGCACAGAAUUUCCUCUCCACUGGGAGGAAUUCCACAGUUGCUGCCAGUGAGAGGUUCCUUCUCUCCCGAAGUAUUCACAAACGCUCUCCCGAUUUGACUCUCAGGACUGAAAGUUGUCGGUGGGCGUGGCUAAUAUUUUAAAACUAUUUCAAUUCAGAACUCCCAUCGCUCUUGCCUAUUGUGGACGUGGCUGAAGCUUUGCUGCACGUGAAGAACGGCGCUUGGUUCCUCUGUCUCUUAGUGGCCAAUGUUCCCGACAGCUUUAACGAAGGUAACCUACGCAAUUCAUAGCAAACUCAUUAUCUGAAUGUGGUUCCUUUUGUGUAGCCAAAACAGCACAAUCUAAGCACAGGUGGGGAGGACUCGGCAGAUUUCGGGGGGGGGGAGACCCCAGGGCAUACGGGAAGCUCAAAAACCGCCCAACACAGACUGAUUAUGCUCAGUGGGCGUGGAAAUGCUGAUAGACUCAGGGUGAGGGGAGUGGGUCGAAACGGAGUGUUUUGCAAAACGGUAUGGUUGGCUGGAGCCCUGAGUAGGGGGAACACUGUGCACUGCAACAGAUCUCACUUGUAUACUGUAAUUUACAGCUUUCUUUUACUUCAAAUCACACAAAGACACAAACACUAUCUAUUACCAGUGCCAGCUACCUAGGGUAGAAGUUGGGGCCAGUUGCUGGCAGCUGCCGUUUUAUAGAUGGCAGUGGGGCACAUAAAUUGCCAUUAGCAAUUUGCAGCUUCCUCUUCCUUUACUUUGCCAUGUCCACAAGCCAUAUUUCUGUUAUUGACUUUCUCCACUGUGUGUCUUCCGGAGGUUUUCCGGACUACAGCUCAGAUCAGCCCCAGCCAGCACAACUGUACUAAAUCCAGGCACUCGCAUAGGCCUUUGGUACCCGACACUCCUGAGUGCCGGGUUUGUGCAUAAAAUAAAAUUAGAUCAAAUGGCAAAGAAGCACGUUUGCAUUUGAACACAUUUAGCUUAUGUGAGAUUCCCCCCCCCCAAGAAGAGUGAUUUGCAGAGUCUUGAAAUAACCAAUAGCCACUAGGAAAUUCUGACGUGGUGUCAUAACAUUUUAAAAUACCGUAUUUUUCGCCCCAUAGGAUGCACCGGCCCAUAGGACGCACCUAGUUUUUUGGGGGGGAAAUAAAGAAAAUUUUUUUUAUUCCCCCCCCCCCCGGUGCGGGGCGGGGGAAGCCCGAGCUUCCCCCGACCCCAGCCCCCAGAACAGGCUGCUAUCCGCAAGCCGUGGGAGCCACAGCUAGCGGAGCACUGCGCGAAGCCCGAAGCUUGGGGCGUGCUGAGCUCAGCGCGCCCCAAGCUUCUGGGUGCCGGCAAGGUCUCCGCUAGCCGUGGGAGAGCUGCGUCUCCCACGGCUAGCAGAUAGCUUCCUGACGCCGGGCGCGCGAGUGGGGUCGGUGCGCCCCCACCCCCCCUCUCUCCAGGCUUCAGCAAGAGCCUGCAUUCGCCCCAUAGGACGCACACACAUUUCCCCUUCAUUUUUGGAGGGGAAAAAGUGCGUCCUAUAGGGCGAAAAAUACGGUAGACAGGGUUUUGCAAAGGAGAAGCAAUUUAUGUCCAAUGUUGAGGGGUCAUAACCAAUAACACACAAUAACCCCCUCUCCCUUUGGCUGGUUGCAGUGUGCAGGGGCUUGAUCAAGAACGGCGAGCGGCAGGACGAGGAAAGCUUUGGAGGCCGUCGCAGGACAGAGGCUCUCCGCCAGCUCUGCAAGAUGAACCCUGCCCAGGCGCUGAGAGUCCGAGGCAUGGUGGUAAGUCUUUGCAGAAGAGUUGGGUGGGUCGACAGAAAGUGAGCUUUGGGUUGCUGGUGGGGUGUUCGUAAUGGCUGGGAGACCUGCAGGCUGUUCAGGAAGGAGCAGGGCUUGGAGGGAGGGAGAUCCAGUGGCUUUCUUGGAUGCAAGUAGUGGCUCAGUGCUGUAUUUUUAACAGGCAAAACGACAUCAACGCCGUGCUACAACUACUAUCGUCAGCUGUCUAAGCAAAGGACUGCAUGGCAGGGCCGGCACAUUGCCACCUGCUGAUUCCUAGAUAUGAUAUUUGGGUGGGUGAAGGGGUCUUAAGAGGGCUUCCAGGACAGCUCCUCAUCCAGGGCAAGGCAGCCAGAAUUGCCACAGACAUCCGCUGCAACUUGAAGAAUUUGUGCUUGAGCUUUGUUUUCCCCAUACUUCGUCUCCUUUCCGUUUCCUUGCAUGUCGUGUCUUUUUUAUUAUGUGCCUUUAGGCAGGGAUUGCCAGAGAACCAAUUUUUAUAAGUUGCUAUGAGAGCCUUUUUGGCUUAAACUGGGACAGGGUAUAAAUGCUGUAGAUAAAGGAUGUCAUUGGUUCCUGUCCCUUUUGUGUCUACACGUCUGGUUGGGGGAAUCUCCUUCCAAAUUAAAUAUUUUUUAUUUAUGUAUUACAUUCAUUUACUGCCCUUUGUCUGAGGAUCACAAGGAGGUUUGCAAGUAUAAAAACACAAAAGACACAUAGCAUCAAGAGACAUCAAGUAUAAAAACACAAAAGACACAUAGCAAGUAUAAAAACACAAAAGACACAUAGGUUUGCAAGUAUAAAAACACAAAAGACACAUAGAUCACGAGAAAGACAAUACCACCCGAAUAAACACCUGAGCAUGUGUGGCUUUUUCCACUUUCUGUUUCCUUUUGGGUCAGGUGGAAGAGUGCCACUUACCUGGACUUGGUGUUGGUUUAACUCUGGACCACACCAAAAACGAGUCUUCGGAGGACAGUGUCAGUGAUCUCGUCUGCUUUGUCAGCGGCUUGCUGCUGGGGACCAACGCUAAAGUCCGGACUUGGUUUGGGACUUUUAUCCGGAAUGGGCAGCAGGUGAGUGUCGCUGAUAUUUCCUUUUCUUGGGGUCCUGCUGCUUUAAUUAGCUACGUCCAUGAGAACGUCCGUGAAUUCCGAAGGUUCUCAUGCUGCUUUGGAAAAGUGGAAUUUUAUGGAUUUGGCUCGAAAUGCAAACCGAAUCGGAAUUUCUGCUCCAUCCCUGACUCUGGCUCACAUGGGAACCUAAAGUCUUGCUGUUCUCCCAAAGAGAGAGCACUGAAUGGUGUAAUAGGUAGAGUGUUGGACCUGGGAGACCAGGGUUCGAAUCCCCACCCAGCAUGAAGCUCACUGGGUCACCUUGGAGUCAGUCCUUGUCUCUCGGCCUAAGCUGCCUCACAGGGUAGUUGUGAGGAUAAAAUGCGGAAGGGAGGAUAAUAUGCACUACCUUGAGCUCUUUGAAGGAAAAAGUAGUAAAUCAAAGUAAGAAAUAAAAAGUUAUAUAUAACUUUUAUAUAUGUAAACGUUUGUGUGUGUGUGAGAGAGAGAGAGAGAAUUGUUGUGUUUUAUAUGAAUUUGUCAAUAUUUUAUAGGUAGUAUAUAAAUCUAAGAAUUAAAAAGAACUGUACAGUAUGUGUGUGUGUAUGAAUUUGACAAUGUUUCAUUGAAAUUUGUUAAUGGUAUAAUGUAUUUAUGUUUUUAAAUGCAAGUCCCUUGAAUGGUAACAAAUAGCUAGCAAGUCUAGCAAUAGCAAUAAUAUCUGUUUUGAAAACAGAGCUUUACAGCACAUUUGAGCUUUUUAAAAGGACCCCUGACAGUUCAGUUGCGAACGAUUCUGGGGUUGCAGCGCUCAUCUCUCUUUAAAGGCCGAGGGAGCCAGCGUUUGUCCGCUUCCCCAGACAGUUUUUCAGAGUCAUGUGGCCAGCAUGACUAAGCUGCUUCUGGCGAACCAGAGCAGCGCAUGGAAAUGCCAUUUACCUUCCCGCCGGAGCGGUACCUAUUUAUCUACUUGCACUUUGAUGUGCUUUCGAACUGCUAGGUUGGCAGGAGCAGGGACCGAGCAACGGGAGCUCACCCCGUCGUGGGGAUUCGAACCGCGACCUUCUGAUCGGCAAGCCCUAGGCUCUGUGGUUUAGACCACAGCGCCACCUGUGUGACGCUUUUUGAGCUUUUAAGGGAAGCUAAAGGGGGGUGGGGAAUGAGUGCGAAUAGGAAGCUGUUAAGGCCCUUUCCAAGGAUUGUGCUGUUUUUGCUGGGAUUGCCACCUCGUGACGUUUCCUCCUUUCUCCUGCGCAGAGGAAGAGGGAGACGGUCAGCUCGGUGCUCUGGCAGAUGCGUCGUCAGCUGCUCCUGGAGCUGAUGGGGAUCCUGCCCACUGUCCGCAGCAUGCAUGUGCCAGAGGAGGCGGAGGCGGACAUGGAGCCCAAUGUCUCUGUGUACUCGGGGCUGAAGGAGGAGCACGUGGUCAAAGCCAGCGCCCUCCUGCGUCUCUACUGCGCUCUGAUGGGCAUCGCGGGGCUGAAGUAAGCACUUUGGAGCGUUCUUUUGUCGGCUUGUAUGUACAGAAGCACACACAAGAAAAUAGUACUCAUCAAGGAUGAUAAUUCACCAAGACAUUCAGGUGGCAUGAUAAUAAUAAUAAUAUAAUAAUAAUUUAUUAUUUAUACCCUGCGCAUCUGGCUGGGCUUCCCCAGCCACUCUGGGCGACUUCCAACCAAAUAUUAAAAUACAAUAAUACAUCAAACAUUAAAAGCUUCCCUAAACAGGGCUGCCUUCAGAUGUCUUCUAAAAGUUUGGUAGUUGUUCUCUUUGACAUCUGGUGGGAGGGCGUUCCACAGGGCAUGUGCCACUACCAAGAAGGCCCUCUGCCUGGUUCCCUGUAACUUGGCUUCUCGCAGUGAGGGAACCCCCAGAAGGCCCUCAGAGCUGGAUCUCAGUGUCCGGGCUGAAUUACGUGGGUGGAGACGUUCCUUCAGGUAUACUGGACUGAGGCCAUUUAGGGCUUUAAAGGUCAGCACCAACACUUUGAAUUGUGCUCGGAAACGUACUGGGAGCCAAUGUCUUUCAAGACCGAUGUUAUGUGGUCUCGGCGGCUGCUCCCAGUCACCAGUCUAGCUGCCGCAUUCUGGAUUAGUUGUAGUUUCCAGGUCACCUUCAAAGGUAGCCCCACGUAGAGCACAUUGCAGUAGUCCAAGCAGGAGAUAACCAGAGCAUGCACCACUCUGGUGAGACAGUCCGCAGGCAGAUGGGGUCUCAGCCAGCGUACCAGGUGGAGCUGGUAAACAGCUGCCUUGGACACAGAUUUGACCUGCGCCUCCAUGGACAGCUGUGAGUCCAAAAUGACUCCCGGACUGCGCACCUGGUCCUUCAGGGGCACAGUUACCCCAUUCAGGACCAGGGAGUCCUCCACACCCACCCGCCCCCUGUCCCCCCAAAAACAGUACAUAACAGUUGCAAUCAUUACUAAAGUACCCGGAAUGAGGGUAAUGCAGUUCCUCCCAAAUCAGCCUUGUUACUUGCAGAUUUGGGCCCCGUUUGCCUUACAGUUUGGGGCUGACCCAUCCACAAUACACAUUUAAAACUCUUUAUCAUACCAUUUUAAACACAAAAGGCUUCCCCCAAGGAAUUCUGGGACCUGUAGUCUGUUAAAGUUCCUGAGAGUUGUUAGGAGACCCCUGUUCCCCUCACUGGCCUACAAGUCCCAGAGUUCCCUGGGAUGAGGGAUUGAUUGUUAAACCUCUCUGGGAAUUAUAGCUCUCUGAAGGGGAAAUUGGGGUCUCUCUCACCUGCCUCUGAUCAAGGAGGCAGAGCAUAGCCAUCGUAGCUAGUAGCCAUCAGUAGCCUUUUCCUCUGCGGAUAUGCCCAAUUCCUCUCUAAAAGCCAUCCAAGUUGGUGGCCGUCGCUCUUCCUCUUGUGGGAGGGAGUUCCACAGUUGCAACGAAUCGCUGAGUGACAGAAAUUUGUUUUGUUCCUCCUGAAUCUUCCAAGAAAAGAACCUUCGGCAGGCUGAUAACUUUUAUUGAGGGCUUGUGACUCACGUAAAUAUUUGUGCCUGCCCCACAACCCCCUGCAUCUGUGAAGAAAAUGCUUUCUUGUCCUGAUGAGACGGCGGGGCUCUCUCUUUUGUCUUGGUGGUGUCCAGGCCGACGGACGAGGAGGCUGAGCAGCUGCUCCAGCUCAUGACCAGCCGCCCACCGGCCACUCCAGCCGGCGUCCGCUUUGUCUCGCUCUCCUUCUGCAUGCUGCUGGCCUUCUCCACGCUUGUCAGGUACCCGUUCGGCGGCAGGCGGAGGAACCCUUUUGUCACAGGGUGGGGGGGGGGAGAGAAAAUGUGGGGGGACAACAUUGGCCAAGCAUUGUUUUGAAGCUCUCCCAUUCCCACCUGCAGAAGACUUUAGACCAUGGGUAGGCAAACUAAGGCCCGGGGGCUGGAUCUGGCCCAAUCGCCUUCUAAAUCCGGCAGACGGUCUGGGAAUCAGCGUGUUUUUACAUGAAUAGAAUGUGUCCUUUUUAUUUAAAAUGCAUUUCUGGUUUUUUGUGGGACCUGACUGGUAUUUUUACAUGAGUAGAAUGUGUGCUUUUAUUUAAAACACAUCUCUGGGUUAUUUGUGGGGCACAGGAAUUCAUUCAUUAUUAUUUUUUCAAAAUAUAGUCUGCCCCCUCCCCAAGGUCUGAGGGACAGUAGACCGGCCCCCUGCUGAAAAAGUCUGCUGACCCCUGUUAGUCGUCCUGCCUUGCAGAAGCCUUUAGGACUUGUUGACCCAUUAAUAACGUCCAGCAUUUUCCCAGGGGUGGAAGUUUGGCUGGAAGAAGGCAGUUGGUUUUAUUGCAGAGUUAUCGCCGCGUGCAGGAUUGUGGGUGAUGGGGUGAAGCUGCAGGUAUUCCCUUAUGUCACAGAGGGGCAAGGUAGCAGUAGUAGUAAUAAUAAUAAUAAUUAAUAAUGAAUUAUUAUUUAUACCCUGCCCAUCUGACUGGGUUUCCCCAGCCACUCUGGGUGGCUCCCAAAAGAAUAUUAAUAAUAAAGGAGGCAAGGAGAAGAGUCCCUGCUUGCUAUUGGCUGAGCUGCCCUGGUGUCAGAUAGGCAGGGCCUAGUCUGUUCUAGAUUCCUCUGCCAUCUGAGGCUAGGGAGGCAGAAGAGGCAGAUGAUAGUGCUUUUGGGGUAAGCAAGAGUGAUUGGUUGUAGUGCCUCGCUAUGAAACGCCUUCCCUGCAUCAGUCAGCCAACCAUCACCUACCCUUUUUAAUAUUUAGGAUCAAGUGGGGGAGGGGAAGUCACUGCCCUUCUAGUUUCUUAGUUAGGUUUUUAUUGUAGUAUUAUUAUUAACCCCAUCUGACUGGGUUUCCCCAGCUGCUCUGGGUGGCUUCUAAGACAUAUUAAAACAUAAUCAAAUGUCAGACAUUAAAAACUUCCCAGUACAGGACCGGCUUCAGAUGUCUUCUGAAAGUUGUGUAGUUCUUUAUCUCCUGGACAUCUGAUGGGAUGGCCUGGCUCGGUAUAAUAACAUAAAACAAUGGGGACUAGUUGACUCUUUCAUCUGCAUCUAUAACGGGAGCAUCUUUUUUUAUGUAGCACUCCUGAACAGGAGCAGCUGAUGGUGAUGUGGUUGAGCUGGAUGAUCAAAGAAGAAGCUUAUUUUGAAAGGUGAGGAGAGAGUGGGCCUUUUUCUGCUUUCCCUGGGAAAAAUUAUGCAGCCCCUGAGCUGUUUUUAAUAAUAAUAAUAAUUAAUAAUAAUAAUAAUAAUAAUGAUGAUGAUGUCCUCGUUGUCAACUCUCCUCCUCCUCCCGUCUCCUGUUCCAACAGCACUUCUGGGGUAUCAGCAUCCUUUGGCGAGAUGCUGCUCUUGGUUGCCAUGUAUUUCCAUAGCAACCAACUCAGCGCUAUCAUCGACUUGGUCUGCUCUACUCUGGGGAUGAAGGUAAGCACUCCUGCCUCGUGCAGAGGCGUCCUUCUUUGCUUUCUCCUCCUGCAGAAGGCUGGACGUAAUGGGCCGUUGGCCUGAUCCAGCCGGCUCUUACGCAUGUAACCCUUUUGUUUCAGAUUGUUAUUAAGCCGAGUUCUCUGAGCCGCAUGAAGACCAUCUUCACGCAGGAGAUUUUCACGGAACAGGUGACCCGGCCCAUUCCACGCUCAGCCUGUGUGGCUGUGUUGCAAAACGCCUUUGAAAAGCUGCCCUGCUGUUUUUCUGUCUAGUCAGACCUCUCCUUCCUUUCCUUUACUCCCACCCUACCCCGGCUCUUCCAGCUGCUUUCCCUUCUCACCCUACCCCUCCCUCCUCUCUUGUUUCUUCCUCUUUACUUCUGGGGAAGUAAAUGACAGGGCUCCAUUGCAGCAGCAGCAGCAGCAACAACAACAACAAUUGUAUUACAUAUCCCCCGCCCAUCUGGCUGGGUUUCCCCAGCCGCUCUGGGCAGCUUACAGCUCAUAAUUUUUUUUAAGACAUUAGACAUUAAACUUCCCUAAACAGGGCUGCCUUCAGAUGUCUUCUAAAAGUCAGAGAGUUGUUUAUUUCCUUGACAUCUGAUGGGAGGGUGUUCCACAGGGCAGGUGCCACUACCGAGAAGGCCCUCUGCCUGGUUCCCUGUAACCUCACUUCUCGCAGGGAGGGAACCGCCAGAAGGCCCUCGGAGCUGGACCUCAGUGUCCGGGCAGAACGAUGGGGGUAGAGACGCUCCUUCAGGUAUACUGGGCCGAGGCCGUUGCAACAUCUUUUGAGCAGUCCAGGAUGAUAAAUCCAGUUCGGGAACGUGGUGUGGGCAGGUGAGCAAAAUCUCACUGGGUCAGUAAUGAAACUGAAGGGUUGUAUCUGACUGAAUUUAUUCUAUUUCAUAACAUUUAUGAAAUGAAUGCUUGAUUGUAAAAACAAAAAAAAACACCAGCCCCAUCGAAGUGGUUUAUAGAAGAAUAAAACGGUGAAAUGAUCAGUAGAAACACUUUUAAACAUUCAAAAAAACAAGUAAAAUCAACAAUAAGCUAAAAAACUGAUUAAAACUCAUGUCGACAUUGGGCUUUCCUGACGUCAAUAGGCAGGGAGUUCCAAAGUGCAGGUGCUUCCAUGAGUAUUAUGGGGCAGCUGUAACAGGGCCAGUUCUUCAGAUUGAAGCGGCUGAGGGGGGAGGGGAUCUCGCAGGUAAACUAGUCCCAACUUGCUGAGUUCUGCUCCCAGUAGGCCCACUGAAAACCAUGAACCUAAAUUGAUUUCCUGGUGCUCCUGGACGCAGCUGAAUGGCGCUCUGUUCCACGUGUUCUUCCUUCCCUGUUGGCGCUUCUGCUGUUCCGUUUCUGAAAGGUUAACAGAGUUGAGGCCUCUCUCCAUCCCAGGUAGUCACAGCUCACGCAGUCCGUGUGGCCGUCACGGGAAACCUCAGCGCCAACAUCACCGGAUUCCUGCCCAUCCACUGCAUCUACCAGCUUCUCCGGAGCCGCUCUUUCACCAAGCACAAAGUCUCCAUCAAGGUGGGUGGCUGCGUCUGCGGGACCAAACUCUUGCAUCCCAAAGGGACAAAGGGGCUUGCAGAGCCCUCGCUUUCCCCCUGCAGAAGGUCCCAGGUUCAGUCCCCGGAAAAAAUGCCCCCUGUCCGGAACCCUGGAGAGCUGCUGCCAGUCAGUGUAGACAGUACUGAGUUAGAGGGACCAAGGUGUCUGACUUGCUAUAAGGCAGCUUCCUAUGUUCCUGUUUAAACCAGCCCUCAAUUCAGAACCCUGAGGACUGGGAUAUUGCUUUAUUUUUCAAGGAAGUAGGACUCAGAAAGAGCCCUUUCUGAAAACCCCAGAGAGCCGCUUGUUAAGAGCAAACAGUGCUGAGCUGUGAUGGACCUAAUAACCUGACACGGUUUAAUAAUAAUAAUAAUUUAUCAUUUAUACUCCACCUAUCUGGCUGGGUUUCCCCUGCCACUCUGGGCGGCUUUCAAGAGAAUAAUAAAAACACAAUCAAACAUUAAAAACUUCCCUAAACAGGGCUGCCUUCAGAUGUCUUCUAAAAGUCAGAUAGUUGUUUAUUUCCUUGACAUCUGAUGGGAGGGUGUUCCACAGGGCUGGUGCCACCACCGAGAAGGCCCUCUGCCUGGUUCCCUGUAACUUGGCUUCUCGCCGUGAGGGAACCACCAGAAGGCCCUCGGCGCUGGAUCUCAGUGUCCGGGCUGAACGAUGGGGGUGGAGAUGCUCCUUCAGAUAUACUGGGCUGAGGCCAUUUAGGGCUUUAAAGGUCAGCACCAACACUUUGAAUUGUGCUCGGAAACGUUUUGGGAGUCAAUGUAGGUCUUUCAGGACCGGUGUUAUAUGGUCUCAGUGGCCUGUAGCUCAAAAUGUAGAGCAUUCCUUUUUAUUACUUACUGCAAUUAUUUUUAUACCUCGCCUUUCAGGAUAUAAAUCCUAUCAAGGUGCCACAUUGAAUGGCAUAUUUUAAAAACACAACACAAUUUUUAACCUAGCACAAACACAUUAUAAUGCAUCCCACGUGACCAUUGAUGGUAGAUCACCCAGUGGUGAGGAGGUAGUCCAACUGGAGCAGGCCCUGAGGUGGUCUUCACCUGCCUUCCUCUUGCAUGCAGAAGGUCCUGGGUUCAAAUUCCUGGCUUCACCAGACAUGGCUGGGGAAGGCUGUUGAGCAGACUCCCGGAGUUCUGCUGGCAGUUAGAGGGAACUGUGGGGGACAAAUGACCUCAGGUGAGAUGAAACAGAGCUGAAUGGUUGAGCAUACCAUUUGUAUGCCAAAAGUUGUGGGUUCGAACACCAGAAUCUCCAGUUCAGAGACCUUGGGGGUUGCAGGGCAAACUAGCUCUUCAUGAAGUAUGAAAGGAGUUGGCUUCAUUUUCCUCUUUACUCAGCCAAGACUUGAAAUACGAAGUUUACUCUACUUCUUUUGGUUUUUUGAAGGACUGGAUUUAUAGGCAGCUGUGUGAAACCACCACUCCGCUCCAUCCUCAGUUACUCCCCCUGAUCGAUGUCUACAUCAACUCUGUCCUCACACCGGCAUCAAAAUCCAACCCGGAAGCCACAAAUCAGCCAAUCACAGAGCAGGAGAUCUUGAAUGUUUUUGAAGGACUAAUGGGGGUAUAUCUAAUCUCUCUCUCUCUCUCUCUCUCUCUCUCUCUCUCUCUCUGUGUGUGUGUGUGUGUGUGUGUGUGAUGUUGUAUCUGGCUUUAUAAUUUCACUUUAUUUGGUCUACGGACUGUAAACAUCAAAUACAGUUUAGGGUUCUCACAAAUAACCAUGGAGGAGCAGGUGGGGUGGGGGAACACAGUUCCUUUUAAAAAUAGUGUAGCAAAUUGGAAAUAGUUUUUAAAAUGAUAAUUUUGACUUAGAAUUCAUCUUAAAUUAUUCAAUGAGGAGGCAGAGAAGCACCUACACCACCGUGAGCUCCUUGGAGAGAAAGGUGGGUCAAAAAAGGCAACAAAUAAAAUAAUGAUAACAACAAUAUUCUUCUCUUUUAACACUUUUGACCCCCGUUUAGUAACAAUUCCGAUGGCUUAUAUUUUUCUGUGACCUUAAGUCUGGAGUCUGCCAUGAAAACUGAGAUGCUGAAUUCAUUUGCAUUCCCCAAGUGCAGAAAAAAAAAUCUGAGAUCCUCCAUCCCUAUAAGUGUGCCGUGUCGAAGAGAAUGGGUUUUUGUGCCGACUGAGCCGUUUUUGGCACUUGCCAGGGCAGCCUGGUGAAUCCACCUUCCGUAGCAGCUGAUGGCAAAGCGCAGAACGUGCCCUCCUGUAUCUAGGAUUAUUUAUGGUGCUGAAUUCCUAGCAGGCUAAUACUCACUCCUCAGUUGUAGGCCCAAGCCACAGUACUGAGCAAACUCAGGGGUCUAGCUUUAAGUUUAAAGCAAGGCUGGGAUGGGACCUUUGGCCCUUCAGAUGUUGCUGGGUCUCCCAGCUCCCAUUCCUGUCCGACCAGCAUGGUCAGUGGUGGCCUGGGAUGAUGGGAGUUGUAGUCCUGCAACAUCUGGAGGAGCCAGCAAGACAUCACCCUGUGCUCUCCUAUAUGAAUGCGCCUUGUGUCUUCUGUGCCUUUUUCAUACGCAGGGAGAGAACGCUCGCCUGAAUCAGCGUUACGAAAUCACAGCCCAACUUCUCGUCCUAUAUUACAUUCUGUCUUACGAAGAGGCAAUCCUAGCUAGCUCCAAGACCCUGGGUACGUGUUGGGAUGUAAUGUUUGCCAGACAGCGUGAGUUUUCAGCAGGCUCUAAGUAGCUGAGAAUAUAUCAGCAAAUGUCUCCAGUCGGAUCAUUUCAUAACAUAGGUUGUUUCCUUUUUUAUUUUAGAAUAGUUCAGUUGUUUUUAUUUUGAUUAUGUACUUUGUGUUUUUAUAUUCUGAUUUUAUCCUGUGAACUGUCCUGAGACCUGCAGGUAUAGGUGGCAUAUAAAUUCUAAUAAUAGCAAGAAUAGUAAUAAUAAAAUGAAAUGAAAUAGAAUAGAAUAAAAGUAAAAAGAGAAUAAAGAGGGGAAGAGGGGAAGGUAUAUCACUAUAUAUGCAAACAAUUGCACCUCCAUAUAACUUGGGUUGUUUCAAAACCCUAAAAUGUAUUUUAUAUAAUUGUCUUUUUAUUUCUAUUCUUUGUAUAUCCUAUUGUUGUUUUAUUGCUAUGGCCGAUGGCUGACGCAAAUAAAGAUUCAUUCAUUCAUUCAUUUCCUAACCUAACCAUACAUAGCCCUCUGGUUCGGUCAGCUCCUUCAUGCGGGGCAGAGAACCUAUGGCCCUCUAGAUGUUGCUGUCCUGGCUCCCUCCCAACACUCACAGGAAGAUUUGAAGUAGGAAAGAGAUCUUCAUUCAGGCAGGUAAUGGUACAGGCCAAGCAGCAGACACGCAGGGCUCAGGAGUUUGGGAGCAAGGCAAGAAGUUCUGAGCCGGACAGAAGCAACAAAGAUGCCCCAAUCAGCUGCUGCACUGCACCCACCACCGAGACAAGGCGUUGGGCAUUCAAUUUCAAGACUCUCUCGCCUUUGGGGGAUGUCAGGAUUAUAAGCACAUACUGUGUCCGGGCUUGUGGGCCGGCUCCCAUCUGCAAACGUGGCACCUGGUUCUAGGCGGCAGGCUUUCACCCUUCUUGGGUCACUUUGUGUCCUGUUCAGCCUUCCCCAGUCUGGCUUCCUGCUUCCCCUUCCAAAGCGUAAGAGAGGGGUCGCUCUGCUCCAUCCCAUGUCCAAUUCUCAGAAUUCCCUAGGAAGAGAUGGCUUCUUAAAGCACUCCGGGAAUUGUCGCUCUCAGUGGGGAGUAGAGAGUUCUCCUAGCAAUUCCCAGAAUCCUUAAAAGUCAUUUAUUUACUUAAUACUCCCCCCCCCCCCCAUCUUUCCUCCAAAGAACUCAAGGUACAGUUCCCAGGAUUUUUUAUCUGUUUCAUGUGGUAUGACACCAUUUUAAAUCUGAAGCUUGCUUUUAACUUUUUUUUGCUUUUGUUUGUAACCCUUUUAAUGCUUUUAUUGGUAUGGUUUUUGUCUUUUUAAUGUUGCAAACCGCUUUGAUAUUUUUUUGCGAUUUAACAGUAUAUAAAUACUUUCAUAAAUGAAGUAAAGUAAAGUAUCAGGGCAGAUAAAGCGGCUAGAAUCCUGAAUGGCUGCAACAUUUUGCCUUGAAUGAUUGCCAUUUGAUCAGCAGUAGCUCUUGACUGACCAGCAGGCGACUUUCCUCGUCUCUUUCACAGCUGCCAUGCAGAGGAAGCCCAAGUCUUACUCCCCGGCGUUGAUGGACCAGAUCCCCAUCAAGUAUCUCAUCCGUCAAGCCCAAGGGCUGCAGCAAGAGUUGGGAGGUUUGUCUGUCUUGAGGGUUUGUGGAGGUUGUGGAGGAGAAACAAGCCUCUGUUUGGGAUCUAAAUAAUCAUGAUAAAGCUCAUAAAGACGCUGAAACAGAGAGAGUCUGAAAAUGGCUAAUGUCAUUAGCAAUAAAAUAUGACACCAACGAAACUACUUACUGCGGAAUGCAACAGGUACUAUUGGUCCUGUUGAAUCCAUGUUUGUAUGCUGGAUAAAUGGACAGCAGUCCAUCACAGAAGUCUCUCAGGGUUUCUUUUGCCCUCUAGCCGCGCAAAGUUUUUUUGAAGUGCCAUCUCCCAGAUUACAUUUUACCAUUUUUGUACUUUUAUAAUUUAAUUUAAUUUAAUUUAAUUUAAUGUUAUUUUAUUAUAUUUUAUUGAAAUAAAUUUUCUUUGAUUUUUCCAAUACAAAGUUAUAAAAAUCCAAAUAUAUAACCAUAUACAGAGAUUUCUCUGAAUCUCAGGACUCUUCCCCCCCAUGGAGUCCCAUUUUCAACAUUUAAAACUGCAUCUUCUUCCAAACUCUCAAGUUUUAUAUUAAUCCCUAUCUUUCAUGGUAAUUGUUACACUACAAGUGAAAUCAGAAUCCUGCCAAUAUUUCCAUCUGCUUACAGUGGUCUCUUAGAUACGUUAUAAAUUUUCCCCAUUCUUUCAUAAAGCCUUUAUCCUCUUGGUUCCUGAGUUUUCCAGUCAGCAUAGUCCAUCAGCUGGGUUUGCCAUUCCCCAUUUUUGUACAUUUAAACCAGGCAUAGGCAAACUUGGCCCUCCAGAUGUUUUGGGACUACAACUCCCAUCAUCCCUAGCAAACAGGACCUGUGGUCAGGGAUGAUGGGAACUGUAGUCUCAAAACAUCUGGAGGGUUGAGUUUGCCUAUGCCUGUUUUAUUUAUUUUUUUCCAAAAAAUUUAUUGGUUUUCACAAUAUUAUAAACAAACAAACAAACAAACAAACAAACAUCAUAGCCUUAUUGAAAAUUACACUUAUUAACUUUGUUAAGUGACUUCCUCGCUUCCUCUUGGUUGAAUUUCAUUGCAUGUCCUUUUAACGAUUUUCCAAAUCCCAAUUCUUAUGAAAUUUAACUUAAACAUUAACAUCCUUAAAUCUUCACCUUAUGGCAUUAAACAUAUUAAUUCAUCACUUAACAUAAAUAAAAUCCUAAGCCAAUUAAGUAUCUGCAAGCUAUUUUCAAUUAAUUUAACUUAACAAAUUUAACUAGAUAAUCAUUAAAUUUAUGCCUGAUUUAAACCCUUUGCUUCUUUCCCAUUUUUGGCUAUUGAUAUUCUCACUGCCAUUAAUAAAUAACCAAUGAAAUGUUUAAAUAAGUUGUCACACUUGUCAUUUUUCUUUCCCCCCCUCAACCUUAAAACACUCUGUCUCUCACCUCUCUCGAAGGCUUGCAUUCGGCCCUCCUCCGCCUCCUGGCGACCAACUAUCCCCACCUUUCCAUCGUAGAUGACUGGAUUUGUGAGGAGCACAUCACAGGGACAGAUGCUUUGUUGCGCAGGAUGCUGCUGACGGAUGCAGCCAAGAAACACUCCCCCAAGCAGCUCCAGGAGGGUAAGGUUCCUCACCCUUUGAAAGUGCAUUUGGCCAGUGUUCUGUGGGGUUUUCUGGACCCCCACAAUCCUCUCUACUUGGCACAGCCCUGUUGUUUGACAGUCAGAUUUUAUAUAUUUUGGAGCCAGUGGCCAUUAAAAUACGAAAUCACUAAAACCAAACAGGACCACCCCAAGAGUAAGUCAAAAACAUGUACCUUUUUCAGAACUGCAAAGGAUUCAAACGUUAAGCUGUUUGUUUGCACAAACUUUUUACUUGGUACACCAUCGAAGCCCGGAGCGGCUGACAAAGAUCAGCAGCCAGCUAGUCCCAAAAAGACAUGACCCGAAAGGAAAAAGGGGGGAGGAGGGAAAAGGGAAAAAAUGCAAGUUUAGGCACCAUUUAUUAAACAUUACAGUUCUUAUUGGAACCAGCUAGAUUGGAAAUGGUUCAUGCAGCUCAAUAAAUUUUAUCUAGCUGAGUCGGUAGAGUAUGAGACUCUCAGGGUUGUGGGUCAAAUCCCACGUUGGGCAAAAGGAUCAUUGCAGGGGUUGGACUACAUCAGGGGUCAGCAACCUUUUUCAGCCGUGGGCCGGUCCACCAUCCCUCAGACCAUGUGGGGGGCCGGACUGUAUUUUGGAAAAGAAAAUGAACAAAUUCCUAUGCCCCACAAAUAACCCAGAGAUGUAUUUUAAAUAGAAGGACACAUUCUACUCAUGUAAAAACACACUGAUUCCCGGACCGUCCAUGGGCCAGAUUGAGAAGGUGAUUGGGCCAGAUCUGGCCCACGGGCCUUAGGUUGCCUACCCCUUCUCUAAACUUGAGAAACAGUGCAAUGGUGGUACCGGCCUAAUAUCAAUAGGCAGGGAGUUCUACACUAACGGGUUGCCACACUAAGAGGUUGAUUCCUCACAAACGCAGAACAUUAUACAGUGCUUGAAGAAAUGCCAGUUCAGCAGACUGAAGUGGGAUAAGGCUAUUCUUCAAGCAAACUGGUCUAAGGCAGUGGUGGCGAACCUUUUAGAGACCGAGUGCCCAAACUGCAACCCAAAACCCGCCUAUUUGUCGCAAAGUGCCAUCACGGCAAUUUACGCCCUCAUGUAAGAGACGCCCCCUAUUUUUGGGGACUCUGCGAUUCUGUGUUUUAAAUUCUGAAUUUUAAAUUGUUGCAAUCCACUGAGACUUGCUGAUGAAGGGCAGGUAAUAAAUUUGAUGAUGAUGCUGGUGAUGAUAGGUGAAACUUAAUUUUGUUCAGCAUUUUCAGCACUGCAAGGAAAUCACACUCAGGUGCUGCAGAUUCUGGAGCAUUUGACGCUCCUCUCGGCCGGAGAGCUGAUCCCUUACGCGGAGGCACUGACAUCCAACAUGAACCAACUGCUCUACCCGGGAAUCCCUCGUCGAAUCCUUCAGACUGUCAACAGGCUUUGGAUGGCCUUGAACACUGUCAUGCCUCGGAGGUAGGAGGAGGCCCUGAUCCUGCUCUUGGGGGCCACUCUAGUCUCAUGUUGCAUGUCUCCGUGUGCAGCUCCCUCAUGUGGUGAGCCACCAGAACUGCAAGUAGUGGUGACCUCAGUGAAAUGCCUUCUAGCCCUUGGCUGACUCAGCCCACCCAGUCCAUUGGGUCCUUCUGGAAAGGAAGCAUUAAGGGCUUCCUGUUCCAGAUGAGCCUUGCUUGGCCCACAAGGCCUUCCUGAUCUCCGGUGUGUUUCUCUAUUCUUGAUUAUGCUCUGAUCUUAACUUCGGACUUGCUCCUCAGACUCCAUCUGCACUAUACAUUUAAAGCAGUAUCACACCACUUUAUAAGCAGUCCUGGCUUCCCCCAGAGAAUCCUGGGAAAUGUAGUUUGCCAUAGAGCUCCAAUUCACAGAGGGAUUGGUGGUAUCUCUGUACUACACUUCCCAAGAUUCUUUGGGGGAAAGCCACGGCUGUUCAGAAGCAUCACCAUACCACUUUAAUGUUGGGCUUCGGUGGGGGUAAAAUCUGACUCUCCCAGCUUGCCUCACACGGCUUUUGCUUCCAGCUCCGCUCAGACUUCACGGCCUUUAUUUCCCCGUAGGUUGUGGGUGAUGACGGCGAACGCCUUGCAGCCAUCCAACAACGUGGUCAGACAGCAGAAAUACACUCAGAAGGACCUGAUGAUUGACCCGUUGAUUGUGUUAAGAUGUGACCAGAGAGUCCACAGGUAAGCAGCCCUCUCCAGCCCCAUUCCUGGCUUCUGUCACUGAGGGCUGGUUUGCAUGGAACACUGUUGUUGUUUAGUCGUUUAGUCGUGUCCGACUCUUCGUGACCCCCUGGACCAGAGCACACCAGGCACUCCUGUCUUCCACUGCCUCCCGCAGUUUGGUCAAACUCAUGUUCGUAGCUUUGAGAACACUGUCCAACCAUCUCGUCCUCUGUCGUCCCCUUCUCCUUGUGCCCUCCAUCUUUCCCAACAUCAGGGUCUUUUCCAGGGAGUCUUCUCUUCUCAUGAGGUGGCCAAAGUAUUGGAGUCUCAGCUUCAGGAUCUGUCCUUCCAGUGAGCACUCAGACUGAUUUCCUUCAGAAUGGAGAGGUUUGCUCUUCUUGCAGUCCAUGGGACUCUCAAGAGUCUCCUCCAGCACCAUAAUUCAAAAGCACCAAUUCUUCGGCGAUCAGCCUUCUUUAUGGUCCAGCUCUCACUUCCAUACAUCACUACUGGGACAACCAUAGCUUUAACUAUAUGGGCCUUUCUUGGCAAGGUGAUGUCUCUGCUUUUUAAGAUGCUGUCUAGGUUUGUCAUUGCGUUCCUCCCAAGAAGCAGGCGUCUUUUAAUUUCGUGACUGCUGUCACUAUCAAUGACUUCACUCAAAUGUGAAAAUCCCUGGAGAGGCGGUUGCACCCACUUUCACCCUUUUCUGGUCCUGGUGCAGCUGUGAGCUAAGCCAUAGGUUGGCUCGGUGUGUCAUCUGACCCUGAGCUCAUGGUUUGCUUCACUUCAGAUCCCUAGCUAAUAACCUACAGCAGGGAUGGGGAAUCUCAGGCCCCCUAGCCCUCUCUAUCUGACCCUUGAGAUUCUGUCUGACCUUGCUACAUAUCCUUUUCUGAGUGACUGGAAACGGGUCCUUGAACUCUGAUCUUUUUUUCCUAAAUUGAGAGAUUGGGGGGGGCGGGGAGGAGAACUAGCCUUCUGUACAAAGCUACCUUACAGCCAAUGGUGGUGUAAAAGUUAAGAGUGUUGGCCACUAGGUCCUGGGAUCCUAGAGUUCCAAUCUUCUCUCUCUCUCUCUCUCUCUCUCUCUCUCUCUUUAUCUCUUUCCCUGGCUUCAUGCCCUUAGGUGCCCCCCUCUGAUGGAUAUCACUCUCCACAUGCUGAACGGCUACCUUCUUGCGUCGAAAGCCUUCCUGAGUGCCCAUCUCAAGGAAACGGCGGAUCAGGACAUCAGGCCGUCCCAAAACAACUUGAUGGGCUUGGAGGCCCCAGAAGUCACCCGGGAAGAACUGAAAAAUGCCCUGCUGGCUGCCCAGGUAAUUCUGCAACUGCUCCUCACCUGUGAUCUGUAAUCUUGCCUGAGAAAAAAAGAGAGAGAGGAAAAACCACCACCACCACCAAGUCAGGUGGUUUUUAUGCCUUGCACUUGAAGAUCCCCCCUUUUCCAAGCAUUUUUGCCAGACAGCGCUUUGCCAGGGGCUCAAGCAAGGGCUGGUGGUCCAACCUGGAUAGCUGCAUCGGUUAGACUUAGAGCGUGGUGCUGAUAACGCCAAGGUUGCAGGUUUGAUCUCCAUAUGGGACAGCUGCAUAUUCCUGCAUUGCAGGGGGUUGGACUAGAUGAGGCUCACAGUCCCUUCUGCCUCUGUCAAUCCAACCCAGUUCUCAGACAUCCACGCAAGGAAAUCAGGAUUAUUAUUAUUAUUAUUAUUAAAUAAAUAAAUAAAUUUGUCUACCGCUGUAUACUCACAGGUCUCUGGGCAGUUCACAAGAUAAUCAGCCCACAAACUUGAAAACUUCAUUUUUUUUGUAUUCUGCGGAAGGUCACCUUCUUGUGAGCUGCCAGCUGAGUCAAAUCUUCUGCCCAUUGUGCAGCUGGGGAAGGGCAGGCCUCUCCUCCCAGAGUAGCCCUUUUCUCUCCGCUGACCUCCCUUUUGUUCUCACUCCACCUCCUUCUUGCCGCCCCUUCUGAGUGUUGUUUUACCCUCUGUGACACCCGGGGCAAGAGAGCAUGAAGGAAUGCAAAGGGAGGUCUCCUUGCUGGACCUUUCCUUGGAAUGCCUCUCACCAAAAGCAGCAGGUAUCUCUCUCUCCCUCCAGAAGAGAGGAAGAAUGGUCAAUUUUGCCACUUCACUGGCUCAGCAGAGUCCUUCUUGUCCCUCCUGCCUUUCUUUUGACUAGUUCCCCUCCAGUUUUCUUACUUUCUCUCUCCCCCCCCCCACUCUUAGCUGCUUCCAACUUGCCUCCAGCUGCGGCAAGAGGACUGAGCAAUCAGCUUUGCAAACCACAGCCUUUUGAUGAGCCAACAAAAGGAAGCUGGCAGGGGGCUUCGCCAGUCGGUCUCAGUCUCUUCUGAGUUCUGCCUGCUUGCAAAGCUGGGUGUAAACUGCAUCAGAGCCCCCCACGACCCUCACUUGUUCAGUUGAGCAAAGGAUGCUGAAUAGAUAGCAGCAGCAGCAGCAGCAGCAGCAGCAGCAGUAUCCGGAACAAGUGAUUUUGAAGAUGGUUACAUUUCUAUCCCACAGUGCUCAGUUCAAAAGUGUUGCAAAUGUCUGCCUGUCUGCCUAGACCAGUGAACUUAUGGCCCUCCAGAUAUUGCUGGACUACAACUCCUGUCCCCUCUGUCCAUCGAGUACACUGGCUGGGGCCGAUGGGAGUUGAAGUCCAACAGCUUCUGAAGGGUCAGAGGUUUCCCACCCCUUGUUUAUUGUUUUUGGGAUUUCCAGCGGCUGUGAGUGGGACUUCGGUGAUCUCCAUUUGCUUUGAUGCGGAAUAAAAAUGGGGUGGGAGGGACUAGGGGAAUGAUGCGGAGUUUUGCAUAAUUGAUUCAGAUUGCGGAAUCCAGCCUUUUCUUGCAGCAGAAUUUGGGUCGCCUAAUUUCCCCUUCCCCUCUUCUGUUUGUUAAGAACUCUGGUUAUUGCAGCAUCCUGCAGCAGGCUGCUCCCUGCCCUGAAUUUGCACAACGGCCAAUUCAAGCAAACCGGUUAGGGUCUGCAGCAAAAUGUGGCAGAGUGUGGAGUACAUCUGGUCAUGGCUGGCUGGCUUGAACCCUGUCCUUUUUCAGAAAAGACCAUUCCAUCCCCCCAAGUCUUUGAGAGAUGGGGCCAUGGCUCUGUCUUAGAGCAUCUGCUCUGCAUUCAGAAGUCCCAGGCUCAAUCCCCGCGAUCUCAGGAUGGGACCCUUGUCUGAAAGAGCCACUGCCAGUCAGUGUAGGCACAGUGCUGACCUGAACGGACUCGCAAAAUGGCAUAACGAUGGUUUGCUGCUAAACUGGGAAUGGAAAUCUCCAUCACCCACUCACAAAAGAGCAACAAGUUUGCGGGUAGGGGAGACUGCACGAGCCUGGGGCCUGUUUGCAAUACUAAACCGUGGUUUAAUGUGGAGAGGAAGGGCCACACCUCAGAAUAGAACUUCUGCUUCACAUGUAGAUGAUCCUAGGUUCAAUUUCCAGGUAGGACUAGGAGAGUCCCCCAUCUGAAAUUCCAAAGAGCUGCUGCCAGUCAGUGUAGGCACAAUACUGAGCUAGAUGGACCAACGGUCUGGUUCUGUAAUAAUAAUAAAUUAUUAUUUAUACUCUGCCCAUCUGGCUGGGUUUCCCCAGCCACUCUGGGCGGCUUCCAACAAAACACUAGAAUACAAUAACCUAUUAAACAUUAAAAGCUUCCUUAAACAGGGCUGCCUUCAGAUGUCUUCUAAAUGUUUGGUAGUUAUUUUUCUCUUUGACAUCUUGUGGGAGGCGUUCCACAGGGCGGGUGCCACUACCGAGAAGGCCCUCUGCCUGGUUCCCUGUAACUUGGCUUCUUGCAGCGAGGGAACUGCCAGAAGGCCCUCGGCGCUGGACCUCAGUGUCCGGGCAGAACUAUGGAGGUAGAGACGCUCCUUCAGGUAUACUGGACUGAGGCCGUUUAGGGCUUUAAAGGUCAGCACCAACACUUUGAAUUGUGUUCAGAAACGUACUGGGAGCCAGUGUAGGUCUUUCAAGACCUGUAUACUACAUCUUCCUGUGGGUCCUUGUGGGUUGCCACUUGUCCUUUGCCUCCUUUCGCUUGCUGUCCAGGAUAGCGCCGCGGUCCAGAUUCUUCUGGAGAUCUGCUUGCCUAUGGAAGAAGAGAAGCCCCUGAUCAACAACAGCUGUGGCCGGCAGCAGAAGGGCAUCCCAGGAGCUGCCAACUCCAGCCCUCGGAAGAAGAAACUGAAAGAAGAGGAGGAGGAGGAGGAGGAGAUGGAGGUGGAGGGAAAUGGGGAGAAGGAAGAGAAGAGUCUCCUCUGCAACCUGCGGGAGGUCCAGUGCCUCAUCUGCUGCCUCCUGCACCAGAUGUUCAUUGCCGACCCCAACAUCGCCAAGCUAGUUCACUUCCAGGUGUGUGGCUGUGCUUCCUGCCUCAUUUACAGGGUGUGUCGUCUGUUGUGUUCUGGUCCAGUGCUGGAACCAGUGGCAAGAUCAGCGGACCACAGGCAGCUCUGAGUGUGCAAAGGUCGGGAGCAGACCGAGGCGUCUUCUGCCUCCAGUCAUGCUUCAGAAUACCAGUUGCUGGAGAUCUCAGAAGGGGAAGGUGCUCUUGUGCUUGCGUUGUGCUUGCGGAUUUCCCACAAGGCAUCCGGUGGGCCACUGUGAGGAUGCUGGCACAGAAGGGCCACUAGCCUGAUACAGUAAGCUCUUCUUGCUCAUACUAAAAUGUGGGGCAAGAUUACACACCGUACAGUCAUACCUCGGGUUACAGGCGCUUCAGGUUGCGUUUUUUUGGGUUACGGACUCGCCGAAACCUGGAAGUACCAGAACGGGUUACUUCCGGGUUUCGCGGUUGCGUAGAAGCGCUAAAUUACGCUUUGCGCAUGUGUAGAAGUGCCAAAUCGCAACCCACGCAUGCACAGAUGUGGCGCUGCGGGUUGUGGAUGUUGCGGGUUGCAAACUCGCCUCCCGCACGGAUCACGUUCGCAACCCGAAUGUCCACUGUAGUUGGAACCAGGUGGCUUCUUUCCAAUUCCUUGAUUAAUCUUCUCAUGGUGCAACCCUGAUAUCGCGGUCUCUCUCUGAUACCUUCUCCCUCUUUUGUUCAAACAGGGGUACCCGUACGAGCUGCUUGGCCUGACAGUGGCGGGCAUCCCAUCCAUGCACAUCUGCUUGGACUUCAUACCUGAACUGAUUGCUCAGCCUGAACUGGAGAAACAGGUAGUGUGUGUGUGUGUGUGUGUGUGUGUGUGUGUGAGAGAGAGAGAGAGAGAGAGCUGCUCCCUCCCCACCCCGUCCUGCUCCCUAUAAUUGGAAGGACAGAUCCCGUAUUCAGCCCUGGUUCAAAGCAUCCAAGCACUGCCCCUGAUGAGUGCUUCCUUUAGGUCUAGCGGUGGUAGUUAUUUUCAUUUGCUAGGGAAAUGCCAGAUGGGUUUUGUAUAUUGUGGUAACAUGGAGGCAAGCUUUUUCACCCGUGGCACCUGUGUUGGUGGAAUGCCCGCCCUGCUGAAAUAGGAGAGGUUCCAUCAGUAUUGGCAUUCCGCUGGCCCCUGAAGACACCUUUUUAGGCAACCCUUCCCUUGCACCAAACUUCUAAUUUUAUUGUUUAUCUGGUUUUUUAAAAACUUACUUAAUAGUUUGUUUUACUGUUUGUUUUAAUUUAGGAUGUUUUAAUGCCCCAGUGGAUUUGUUGCUGUUCAUUUUAAUAGCAUACUGAUUUAAUAGUUGUAAAUCACUUAGAAGCUGUUUUGGCACAUAUGCUGCAGAAAUACAUAGCAUAGAAGCAGCAAGUAAGUAGACAAACAAACAAACAAACGAAUAUUGUGAGCACCUCUUGGGUCUUCUGUGUGCAGCUGCUGAUUGUACCCCACAUGGGUUUCUCCUAUGGGGUUAUAGAUAUAAACAAAUAUUUACAUGUGUUAAUGUCUGUGUUAGAGGAACGUAGGGUAAUUUUGAUUUUAACGCACAAUAAAACUUCACACAGGAUAGUCUUACUUUAGAAACAAAACAAAACAAAACAAAACAAAACAAAACAAAACAAAACAAAACAAAACCCUACUGCUUCUUUUAUAUCCUUUCCCCGCUUCCUUGUCUUCCAGAUUUUUGCCAUCCAGUUACUUUCUUACUUAUGUAUUCAGUACGCUCUGCCAAAAUCCCUCAGUGUGGCCCGUUUGGCUAUCAAUGUCAUGGGGACGCUGCUAACAGGUAAUUGUUGAAUGUAUGGGAAGCCUAGAUAUUCACCUUAUGUGCAUUAAGCCAGUGGUUGCUUGCCCACGUAUGCGAGUCGCCACUUUGCAAUUAUAUAGAAGAGGGCACAGAAUUUGUGGAUUCCCCAAAAUGUUGGCAGGGUUGCUUUGAAGUUCUGUGUAUGAAAUGCCGUCUGUGUGUAUGUGUUUAAAUUGUGUGCCUCUUUAAACGGUGGCUCUCAUUGUUUGGAUCUGUCCUGUUUUUAAAAGUGCAUCCUUUUGUCUCUCCAGUUUUAACCGAGGCAAAGCGCUACACCUUUUUCGUCCCCACCCUGCCCUGCCUGGUCUCGUUCUGCCAAGCCUUCCCUCCCCUCUAUGAGGAUAUCAUGUCCCUGCUCAUCCAGAUCGGGCAGGUUUGUGCUUCAGACGUCGCCACAGAGACGAGGGAUUUUGACCCAAUCAUUACGCGUAAGUAUUCGUGCUGGACAGACGUGAUUGGUGUGCUGAUUGCUCCUUAAGAACAGCUCCUCUGAAUGCUGAAAAUUCAGCACCACAUUGUCCAUUUGCGGUGAAUAAGGUACACUUAGAAACACACAAACAUCGUGUGGCUAAAAUCUUGGCCAUCAGAGGAGUGCCAUUGAUUAAGGUUUGCAUGGUCUGGGAUGAGGUUUCAUGGCCUGUUCUGAACAUCUCCUUGUACCUGCCCACAAGGAGAGAAGUCAUGCAGAUCUGCUUUGUAAACUGCUUUGUAAGUCUAUUUGCCCGUCUACUCUGGCUGGUAGCAGCUCUGCCGGGUCCAAGGCAGAAUACAGGUCUUCCUCAUCUCCUGCUUCCUGGUGCCUUUUAAACUGGAGAUUCCAGAAGUAAAACCUGGAGCCUUUUGUUUACUCAGCAUGAGUCACUUGGAGACUUGUUUUUUGUAAAAUAAGAAUGAUAAUUGGCACUGCCACCAAGUUUCUACCCUUUCCUUUGCUGCCUCAAAGUACAUAAAUAUUUGAUUUUGAUUAUUAUUUUUUUACCUUAAGUGCCACUUCACUUUGCAAUGCCUUGACUUGUCCCCCAGGUCUCCAGCAACUGAAGGAGAAACCGUACGAGCGAACAAGACUUCACAAAGAGCCGGCUCAUAAAACUGGACCGGGAGACACCAGCAGCUUGGACCCCAACGUCCAGCUAUGCCAGUGUAUCGAAAAUACUUUCAUCGAAAUAAUUAACAUGAGUGUCGGCGGAGUUUAAGGUGUGCCCAAAAUGGAAAGGGCCGUUGCUGGGUACUUGGUAGCGGAUGCUGACUUCUAGUUGGUAAAUUCCAAACUGAAGCUUUCCAGGCCAAAGUGAAGCUACGAAUUGGCUUGGAAGGAAACUGUAUAUUUUUUAUUAGCAUUAAUGCAAAGUUGUGGAUGCAGCAGACAAACGCCGCUUUCAGUGAAAGCAUCUUAAGGUUUUUGCAGUGGUCUCCGUGUCAACUCCUUCCGGAAUCCAUAUUUGGUGGUUUUUCGAGGUGAGAGGCUUGCAAAAGCUGACCUAGUGUGUGUUUGUGAAACAGAGAAAUUGCUACCCUGCCAUUUUCUACUUCUUCAGUGUCUCAGAUGGUUCUCUUCCGCCCUGUGUCCUGAGUUAAAGCCGAACCACAGUCUGAAAUCUGUGGGACAACUUCCAUUCAAGCAGAUGCUCCAGAGGUGAAGGGUGGCUUGUGAAAUGAACAAGGACAGUUUGAAAGGAACUGGGGAGAGAGAGAGAGAUGCAACUUUUUUGAUUGUUUAAAGUAAAAGUCUGCAUGUAGUGGUAGGCCCCACUGGGUCAAUUUUGGUGGGGGUUUCUUUCUUGUUGCCCCUAUUUGCUUGCUCAGAACCAGCUGAGGUUUGAAAGUCCCAGAGUGGUCAGCAGGGGUAUAUUUUUUAGGAAAGGGGGCAGUAGGAAACUCUUGAUCAAUGCAACAGAAUUUUGGCCUCACCCGAAGUGGCUAUGUGGUGGUUGGCUGGGACUGCGAAGUUCUUCUUAGCCAUUAGGAGUGGCAGCAGGUGAGUUGAUGGGUCAGCUGGCAAUUUUCCAUUUCUCAGAUUUUGCACCCAGGUCCCCAGCUGUCUAUGACUCCCUCACAACUAAUGCUUUCUUUCCUAGUCAAAUUUCCAGUUUUAAGUACCAACAUUUUAUAGUAUCUUUGGCAAAUGUGAAUUUUGCUGCAGAUUUUUCUGGGGGAGGGGGGAAUAAACCCUAAAAUCAUGUUUUUAAAAGCACUGUGUAAACUUGGCUGUUCAAUAUGUUUAGAGAUGCCUGCGUGGUGGAAAGUACCAAAAGCAGUUUUAUUGAAAUGCAUUUUUAUUGUUGUGAUGUUGCUGUGUCAAAAAUAAGUUCUGAUAUGUGUUCAGGUAGCACAGAGCUAAGCUCAGUUUGUUUUGGGGUUUUUUUAAUCUCAGUACGGCUUUUAAGGAAAGAUGUGGGGUGUCUUGACUCUCUUAUGGUGUGCUAAUUCUCGGAGUGUAAAAAAUUGACAUACGAAGCCUGAAGCAAUGUUCAUGUUUUUCCUCGCCAACAACGGGGAGCAAAUAUUUCUGAAGUGAUCCUUUUGUAAGUCAAGAACCCUAAAGUUUUUAGUCCUAGUUGAUUUAGGUAAAAAGAAUUGCAUCUCAUAUGGCUGUUUCAGUGGUCCAGUUAGGAAGUCCUUCACAUAUCCUGUUUAUUAUUAUUAUUGCAUAGAAGUUACCAUUUUAGUAGCGGAACGCCUCUCCCUAAUAAUCAGGUGCAAUCUUCCAAGUACAUAUGCAGAUCUCUACCAUUUUCUGUAUGUGUUUUUGCGCAAUAGCUUGGUUUGGCCGUCACAUUUAAACUCUUGUUAAAAGUCACUGCCUUUGCUCCAUCCUGCUCCUUUGCACCAGGAAAGAAAGAAACCAGAGACUGGCUUCACAUCAUGUGCUAACCAGCGCUUAUGGUUUUUCCUCUCCAAGCUUAAGUUUUGUUCUUGGCAUACUGUUUGUGGUUUGUUUGAGGGAAACAAGGCUGCGAGCGCUGGUUUCCUCCCCGAUGGAGGAACAGAAUGGAGACUUUUGAGCAGGGCACAUACCACCACACUCAUUGUGCAUGUGAAAUAGUUUAUUUUUAACCAUGGCUUAGUGGGACAUCCAAAGCAGUCAUUGAAUGCAGAAGAGCCUUCAUGGUUCAUGUACACAAAAGGGGUUGGAUGUUGCAAUUUUAUGGUAUAGGGAUCAGUCAGUGUAGGGCCAAGAAUCAAAACUGCCUCUGUCCUCUUCAAAGAUGGUCAGUUGCCUCCUGUUUGAUUUUAAAAUUCUUCAUCACUGUUGUUUAAUUCUUCAGUGAAACCACCAGGUUGAUCCUGACGGUGCUGUUGUGAAACCUCCUUUGGCUACAUUUUCGGCUGAGGUUAUAUUGUAUCCAGCUAAAUCCUACUCAGAGUAGACCCACUGAAAUUAAUGAACCUAAGUCAUGUCUAUUAAGUGGGUCUACUCUGCAUUGGAUAAAACCCAAUUCUAUAUGCCAGUAUUACCUUCUUAAAAUACAGUUUUUAAAUAUUUUAGCCGACUGGAAGAGAGUGAUUUCUUAGACUCUUGUAAAAUGUGUACAUAUGUUUUCAUGCCUUCUGGUUUUCUUAGGCUUGUAAUAUUUUUAUAUACCAUUGGGAGCAUUUAUUUCAAUGAAGACCCAGUGGACAUUGUGCGUUUCUUAUAAACAUUUGUACUGUUCCAGCGCGUUGUCUGUCUUUAUAUAUAUACUGUAUAUCAUCAUGUAUAUGUCUUAUAUAAUAAUAGCAAGCUUAUUCUCUGAGCAUGCAUCCGUAAGGAGUCCAAACGGAGCCACCCAUACACAAAAAGGGGGAAGAAUCAAGAGACUUGUGAGGACACAAAGGUUUGCAAAAGUACAACAAAUGGGGGACUGACUGUUAGAAAGGGUGGGAAAAUGGGGGUGGGAAAUUGAAAGAAAAUUAUUGGCUUGGUCGGUUGGCUCGAACUCGGUAUAGUAGUACAUCAUGCUGCAACAUUCUGUUGCACAUCACACUUGUUUUCUGUAACGAUAACUUGUACAUGUAUGCAACUUGUGGCAUUAUCAGCUGUGUCUUGCCUAUUGAAUCUUCAUGCAUAUUCUGGGUUCUGAAAGGGUUGCUCACAGUUCAAGUCAGAGUAGGUGGAUAAUUCUUUAGGAGAGUGGUAACCUUAUGUGAAUGUGGGUAUGAAAGUUAUGCAGAGUGGUGUUUCACAUAUGGAAUCAAUACUUUCUGUACCUUUCUCAGAUGCAAACUUCUGCAAUAAAAAUGAAGAAAAUGGCAUCUCCUAGAUGCAGAAGACGACGGGUUACCUGUGUAACAAGAG